ACUGAGGCCGCUGUUCUGCAAUGCCUCGGCGGCCCUAUUCUGCAGGCUGCGUGCGGGCGGUUUAUAAAGUCUGCGUUCCUUUUGCAAACGCCUAAGCCUGCCUGAGCGAGCCCUUGAUCAACAGCUCGUUCUAGCCUAAGUACAAUAAGCAUUUACAUAGGCGGAACUGAUUCCAGCCGACGGUCGACGGUCGACUGUGCUUCAACGAACAGAGCACUGGGCGGGAGCGACGCGCGAGGGAGCUUUCGACCGUGAGGGCUCCUCCAUCACUACACCAAAUGCAUCAAAGCCAUAUGCGUGGGGCGGCAGCCUCGCCAGCAGCAGCACGGACUGCAUCGCCCGCGCAUUUCGCUGGUGUGGGCGCUGGGCCCAGCCUUCGCCCAGCCCUACACGGCUUGCGACGACUGAACCUAAAUGAUGUGAGCUUGCAACCACGGGCUGCCCCGGGCCCCGCCCCUGGGCCGGCUUCGGGGCCACCGACAUCGCUCGAGUUGCACUCGGCGCUGGCCAGCCCCGGCCCCAGCCCGGCCGAGGUCGCACGGGCCGCGCCAGCUGCCGUCGCCACAGAGCCCUUGGGCAGCAGCCAUAAGGCGAAGGGUAAGCGGCGCAGCAGGAAGUCACGCCAAAGCCAGGAGGCCGGCGCGUCCAUUGACGACGAGGCGGAACCGGGCGCAGCAGCCUCCGCAGCAGCGGCAGAGGCAGCGUCAGCGCUGGUUGCCAACGCCGCCAACACCGCGAGCCGAUCCAACGGAAGUGGCAGUAGCACCAGCAGCAGUGCUAAGGCGGUCAACACGAACGGCAAGGGCAGCGGCAGUAGCGACAACGGCACAGGCAGCAGCCGUGCGGGCGCUGUGCCGUCACCGUCGCCGGCGGCUGCGGCCUCAGCGCCAGCGGUCGCGUCCGCAGCUGCAGCGCCUGUGCCCGCCACUGCCAGCGCCGCCGCCGCCGCCGCCGCUGGGGCCGCGGCUGUCGCCACCGAAGCGGCCCCCGCAGCGGCGAAGGCGAAGCGCAAGCGGCGAAGCAAGGGCGCCAGCGGCAAGGGCUUUGCUACCCCCAGCCCCGCCCCCGCCGCCGCAUCCGGCCCCGCCACGAGCAUGGUCGGCAGCGCUGCUGCUGCGUCAUCCCCGGAGGUGGCGGCGGCGCCGGAGGCCGUGGCGGCCGCAGCCCUGGCGGAUGCGGGCGUCACGCCCGUGGCAACCGCCGGCGCGGAUGGCAGCGGAAAGGCAGCGGCGGCACACGUGGAGGCGGCGGGGCGGCGGGGCAUUGCAGACUCCGAAUCCGUGCUGGCCGCACUGUUUGCCGAGGCGGAGACGGUGGAGGUGUGGUCGGAGAAACCGAAGCCGUGGGAUGGGGAGGACCGGACGGGCGGCGACUCGCCUGGCUCCUCAACGCCCGCCACGCCGACGUCGUCUGUGGAUGAGAGUGACGGCGACGAGAUGCCGGCGGGGCCGCAGGAGGAGCAUGAGACAGGCGGCGCGGGGGCGGGGGCAGGCGCGGGGGCAGGCGGGCGAGGAGGAGGAGGCGGCCUGUUUGCGAACGACCUGCAGUCGCAGUUGCUGGAGCUGCAGCGGCAGCAGGAGCGGCGGCUGCAAGAGCGGCGGCUGCAGCACGCAGAGGCGGAGCCAAGGGAGGAGCGCCGGCAGGGGCAGGGGCAGGAGAGCCAGCAGCAGCUGGAGCUGGGGUCGCCUUCUGCUGCUGCCCUUGCAGCUGGACCAGAGCCCGAGGUGGCGGCGGCGCCAGCGACAAGCGCUGCCGCGGCCAGCCGCGCGGCAACGGUGGUCCGCGCCGCUCGUGUGGGCGCCGGCGGCUUGGGUGCGGACUUUGGAGGCGGCCGCGCGGCGGCGGCGGCUGGCCGCAUGGGCCGCGUGUCGGCCCACUUUGCGCUGGUGCCGGAGGUGCCAAAGCGCAGCAAGCGGCAGGCGGCGGCGGCGAUGACGGCGGCGGCGGAGCCGCGCGCCCAGGCGGCCGUUGGGGUUGCAGCGGUUGCGGCGGAGACCGUACCCGUAGCAGCGCACGAGCACACGCACGAGCAGGAGGAGGAGCAGGAGGAGGAGGAACCGGAGGUGGUGUUGAAGGAGCUGGACCCCAUCCCCCUGCCGGCCGAGGACCUGGCGGCGCUGGAGGAGGCAGCGGCGGAGGCGCAGAUGGCGCUGGCGGAGGCAGUGGCGGCGGUGGAGGCCGAUGCAGGCCUGCUGCCGCGGCUGCCGCCGCCAGAAGCGCAGCAGCAGCAGCAGCAGCAGCAGCAGCUGGGCGCAGAGGUGGCGGCGGCGGCGGAGGGGCAGGCGGAGGUGGCGGCGGAGCCAUCGGCGGUGGAGCGCGCGGCGCGCAUGCUGCGUGCGGCCCGCGCCGAGACCUCGGGCAACCCGCAGCAGCGCCAGCUGCAGCUGCAGAACGCGGUGGUCGCGGCCUCCACGCGGGCCACGCGCGUCCUGCGCGCCGCGCGCUCCGCCGCCGGCGUCCUCGCGUCGGACUUCGGCGCCGGCGCCGCCGGCGGUGCUGCCGGCGCCGCCAGCAUGUUGGCGGGCCGCGUGGGGCAGGUGAGCGCGCAUUUCGGCCUGGUGCCGGGCGCGGCGGCGGCGGGCGCGGAGCCGCUGUCGCCGGCGGCGGCGGCUGAGGAGCAACUGCUGACGGAGGCGGAGGCGGCAGCGGAGCGGGAGGCGUUGCUGGCGGCGGCGGCGAUGGCGGCGCGGUGGCUGGCGGCGGCGCCGGCGGGCGAGCUGGCGCCGGAGGCGGCGGCGGUGGCGGCCGCCGCCGCCGCCGCCGACGUCGCCAGUGAUGCGACCGCGGCGGCGGCGGACGUGGCGGCGGCGGUGACGGUGUCAGAGCGGGCGGCGCUUGCGCUGCAGGCCCAGCGGGUGGUGCACGAGCGAAAGCUGCAGCCGCAGCCGGCGGCGGCAGCCCGGGCGGCGGCGGUGGUCCGGACCGCGCGCGGCGGCGCGGGCGGCCUGGGUGCUGACUUUGGUGGCGGCCGCGAGGCCGCUUCUGCCGGUCGCGUUGGCCGCGUUUCGGCGCACUUUGCGCUGGGGCGGGAUCUAGGUGAGGAGGUGCAGGCGCAGCAGGCGGAGGUGGAGGCUGGGGAGCUGGCGGCUCGGGGGUUGCCUUCGGGCACCGCUGCCGCUGCCGCGGACGAGCAGCGCCUGCGCCAGGAGAUGCAGGAGCAGCUGCGGCAGCUGGAGGAGGGAGCGGUGAUGGUGGGUGGCGGCGAGAGCGCGGCACCGGCGGCGCUGCCGCGCGGCGUCGCGACGUCGGACUCGGUGCUGGCGGCCUUGCUGGCGGAGUCGACGUCAGGACCGGGAGCGGCCUCUGAGGCGGCAGGCGUGUCGGCGGCGGCGGCGGCGGACUCUGCUGCUGAGGCUGCCCCAACGGCGGCGCAGCGUGCAGCCAGCAUGCUCCGCGCCUCGCGUGCGGAUGCAGCCGCCACAGCCGCCAUGGACUCCGCCGCCGCUGCUGAGGCGGCUGUAGCAGCUCCGGCUGCUGCUGCUGCUGCACGUGCGGCCCGUGUUGUUCGCUCCUCACGCACUGGCGCCGGCGGCCUCAAUGCCGACUUUGGCGGCGGCCGCGCGGGCGCUGCGGCAGUCGGCCGCGUUGGCCGCGUGUCUGCACACUUGGCGCUGGUGCCGAGUGUAGCAGGGCGGGCGGAGGAGGCGGAGCUGGUGCUUCUCGAGCCGGAGGGCGUUGACGACGACGGUCUUCUACUACACAUGCCACCUGCUGCCAAGCAAGUGGAGGACGAGCCAGCGACGGCGACGGCGGCGCAGCGCGCCGCCGCCGUGCUUCAAGCCGCUCGCGGCGGCGCCGCAAGGCCGACGGCACCGCCGCCGCCUGCAGCGACGCGUGCGGCGCGAGUGGUUCGUACGGCGCGCACGGGCGCCGGCGCCUUGGGUGCCGACUACGGCGGCGGGCGGACGGCGGGCCGCAGCGGCCGCGUGAGCGCGCACUUCGGGCUGCUGCCGGUGGUGACGGACGAGGCGGCGGCGGCGGCGGCGGGGCUGGUUGUGGAGGAGGUGGUGCUGGCGGAGAAGGCGCCUGUGCCGCUGGCGGCGGCGGAUCUGGCGGCGCUCGAGGCAGAGCGCCGUCAGGCGGCGGAGGAGGCGGCGGCGCCGCCGGCGGUCGGCGAAGCCGCAGGCGAAGGCGCGGAAGAGGGUGUUAGCGCGGCGGCGCGUGCCGCGAUGGUGCUGCGUGUGGCGAGGAGCGAGGUGCCGGAUGCGCGGGUGGCGGCGCCGCGGCGUGACGGCGCGGCGAUGGAGGCCGCAGAAAACGUGCAGCAGGGCCCGGUGGCGGAGGCGUUUGCGGCGCUGGCGGCGGCCGUGGUCACGGCCCGUGGUCACAACCCGUGGUCCAAACCCGUGGCCGCAGCCCGUGGUCACAACCCGUGGCCACAGCCCGUGGUCACAGCUCGUGGCCUGAACCCGUGGUCACAGGCGAUGGCCACAACUCGUGGUCUCAACCCGUGGUCGCAACCCCCGGUUGCGGCUCCGGCUGCUGCUAUUGCCGCCGCUGUUCCUCCUGCUGCUGGUGCUACUGCUGCGAUCGUUCCAGCUGCGUCUGCUGCCGCAGCGGCGGAGGCGCCUGCAGCGCUGGCAGCACCGACUGCGUCCGCGGCUCCCGCCCCGGAGCCGCUGACGCCGCAGGAGGCCAUUGGCGCCGCCCUCGCGGCCAUGGCAGCGGCGCAGGCGGCGGAGCAGCUGCAGCGGCAGCGGCUGCAGACGGAUCGCGAGGUGGCGGCCGAGUCCCGCCGCGCCGCCGCCGCGUCGGAGGCGGCGCAGCUGCUUGCCGCCUGGUUGCAGCGCAAGCCCACGCCUGCGGCCGCUCCCGCGCCGCCGCCUCUUCCCAAGCCUGUAGCGGCCGCCGCACCGCCGCCGCCGCCGCCGCCGCCGCGACGCCAGAGCGACGGCCGGCCUGCGGCGCCGCCGGCGGAGGCGCUGGCGGCGGCGAUGGCGCUGCUCUAUGCGGCCGAGCCCAGGCCCCAGCCCGCGCCAGAGAACGCCAUUCGCAAUGCGCUGGCGAAGCUCAUUUCUGCGGAGGCGCAGGCGGCGGCGGUGGCGCGGCUCGCGAAGAAGGAGAGCGCGCGCGACGCGGCCGUGGCGGAGCGGCUGCGCGCCGCCGAGGCGGCGGCGGCAGUUCGCAUGGCUGAGUGGAAGCAGUCCAACCCCGACCCGCCGCCGCCGCCGACCGUCCAUGAGAUUGCGGCGGCGGCGGCGGAGGCGGCGCGCGCCGCCAUUGAGGACAGCGAGGAUGAGUGGGAGGCGUCCAUGGAGGAGAUCCGGGCGGCGGUACGGCAGGCGGCGGAUGCGGCGGCGGCGGCCGCCGCCGCCGCGGCGGAGGCAAACGCGUCCGUGCUGGCGGCGCUGGCCGCCGCCAGCCUUGGCACGGGCGAGGCGGCGGAGUCGGAGCAGCAGCAGCAGCAGCAGCGGCAGGUCAUGGCGGCGGAGGCGGAGGCGGGCCCGGCGGCGCUGGCGCGCAGCGCCGCCGACCUGUCCUCGGCGGCGGCGGUGACGCCGCUGGGCAUGCCGCCGCCGCCGCCGGCUCUGGUGGCGGCGGCGGCGGUACAGCCGGCGGCGCUGCGGCCGGGCGCGGCGGCGCGGAUACGGCAGAUGGCGGAGGAUUUGUACCGCGAGCUGUCGCUGCUGCCGCCGCCGCCAGAGGCGCCGCCGCCGCCGCCACCGGCACCAGUUCCGCCGUCACGGUCGUCAACGGUCCUUGCCUCGGCGGCGGCGGCGGCGAUGGCGGCGCCUGUGCGGCCGUCGGCCGCAUCGGCCUCAGGCGGGCCUGAGCCCGGCUCCGUCUUUGGCGACUUACAUGACUCACUUGAGGUCUCCGCCUCCCCAUCCUCUUCGUCGUCUUCAUCUUCGUCUUCGCUACGGUCACACCCUAUCUCGUCGUUGCCACCAUCCGGGCCGGCGUCACCCUCGGCGCCGUCGCCGCCAUCAGCGCCGGCGGCCGCAAAGCGCGGCCGUGGCGCCGCCGCCGCCGCCGCCGCUACCGCCGCCGCUGCCAGCAGCAACGGUAACGGCAACGGCAACGGUGUUGGGCCGUCGUACGCAGCAGCGCACCCUGGUGAGUACGGCGACGCUGCAGCGGAGGCGGAGUCGGAGGCGAUGGUGCUGUACUCCUCAAUCGACCCAGCCGGCGCCGAGCUCGGCCAGAACCUGAACCAAGAAGACGGCGAGGGCCUGGUGCUGGAGCAGCAGCAUGACGACCUUGAUAACAACAAUGAUUAUGACAAUGACGAGAUUGACGAGACGGCGGUCACGAUCUCGGUCUUGGCGGCGGCCGCCGCCGCCUCUAUGGAGGCCCAGGGCGGCUACGGCGGCGGCGGCGCCGAUGAAGACCCGCGCGCCCACAUCCCGCGCCCCGAGCCGCGGCGCCGCACCGGCACUUGGGAGCAGCGGCCGGCGCGCGUGCCGCCGCGGCUGGUGUCGUUCCCCGCCGGCGGCGGUCUGCGGGAGCUGCAGGAGCUGGUGAGCAACGCGCGCGGCCCCACGCUGAUUGACCUGGGCGGAGCAGUGGUGACGCUGCGCGCGGCGGCGGAGGCGGCGGCGGGGCCGGCGGCGGUGGAGGUGGAGGCGGAGGCGGGCGCGAGUGCGAGUGCGAGUGCCAGUGGCGCGAGCGGUGGUGGGAGUGAGGGCACGGCGCUGGUGCUGGCGAGCAGCAUGCGGCUGCCUGGGUGGACGUCUGCGCUGGAGGCUGCCUCUCAGCGCGCACUGAUGAUGCUCAAGGACUCCCUGCGCCCCUCCGCCUCUUCGUCCACCUCGUCCGCCGCCGCUUCCACCGCGUCCGCUGCCUCGGCCUCCUCUGCCAGCUCAAAGAAGAGCAGCAGCAGCAGCGCAAGUGGCAGUGGCACAAGCGGCAGUAGCAGCAGCGCAAGCAGCAGCAGCGGCAGUAGCAGCAGCGCAAGCAGCAGCAGCGGCAGUAGCGGCAGUAGCAGUAGCAGUAGCGGCAGUAGCGGCCCGGUGUUGCACCUGCACACAGAUGACGUGACGCUGGCCAACGGGGUGCUGCAGCUGCAUGCGGGUUGUCGGGUGGUGGUCAGCGGCCGGCGGGUGGCGCUGCGGCGAGUGGAGGUCCUGGACGCCGAGGCCCCUGGGUGGUGGCGGACCGCCACUGCCAUGCCAGGGCCCGCCCUCCAGACCACCGCCCUCAUCACCGUCACAGGCAACCCCUCCCCCGCACUCCUCGCCGGGGCACUCACAACCGGCGCCGCCGGCGGCGCCGCGUCAGCCUCGCCGUUCCGCCUGCCACACCGCGCCGCAUCGCCGGCGCCGCAGUUUUACGGCAUCUGGGGCUCCGCCCCCGGCGGCGGUUUCAACGGCCCGUCGUUGGAGUUGGACGAGUGCCAGGUCAGCGCGGCGGCGCGAGAUCGGGAUCUGUUGACGGUUGACGGCAGCGGCGGCGCCGCCGCCGCGGCGGCGGCGGCUGUGGCGGGCGCUGGUCUGUUGGGCGCCGCCGUAACGGCGCGGUACUGCAAGCUGCGUGGCGGCGCCAAUGCGGUGGUUGCGACCAACCGCGCCUCGCUGCACCUGGACUGCUGCGUCAUCGAGGACUACGCCACGGCGGGUGUGGUGGCGGUGGAGUCGCCGGUUCGUGCCGUGGGCUGCCGCCUGCAGGGCGGGCCGGGCGCGGGCGUGGGGCUGCAGGCGGUGGCGGGCGCUGUGGCGCACGGCGUGGGCUGCUUCCUGCGCGGACACGCCGCCAACGUGGAGUGCAUGGCGGGCAGCGUGGUGGACCUGCAGGGCUGUGUGUUAUCUCGCUCCGAGGGCCGCUACGGCCUCACCGUCCACCCGGCGGCGGCAGCAGCUGCGGCGGCUGUAGCAGCUGCGGCGGCAGCAGGCGGCAGUAGCAGCAGCACCGCCGGCAGGGGCCGGGGGCAGCUGGCGGCGGCGCCGGCGGGCGUGGGCGCGGGCGGGCGUGCAGGCGGCGGCCGAGUGCGGCUGAGCGACUGCGAGCUGGGGCACCCGGUGCAGGUGGGCGGUGGCGAGCUCGAGAUGGAGCGCUGCACAUUCGCCCUGGCGCCCGCCGCCGCCGCUGCGCAGCAGCAGCAGCAGUCUGCCGCCGCCGCGCUUGCUACUGCCGACAUUGCCAGCGUGCUACAGCUCAGCGACCCACAGCUUGCAGCCAAGCUGACGGCGCUAGUGGCGCAGCAGCAGCAGCAGCAGCAGGGAGGAAGUGGCGUCGGCGUCGGCGCAAAGCUCGUUGGGCCGGGCGGCAGUAGCAGCGGUAGCGGCAGCAGUAGCGGUGCUGCAGCCGCGUCGGCGCACCACGCGGGCACGGUGGCGGCGGGAGCGGCGGUGCGUGUGGUGCGCUGCAUAGCGGGCGGCGGCGGCGAGGGCGAGGCGGUGUGGCUGGAGGCGGCGGCGGGCGCGGCGGUGCACGUGAGCGGCAGCGCGGGUGUGCUGGUCAACCGCCGCAACCAGCCGUGAGGGGCAGUUGGAGAAGGGCAGUUCGAGUUGGUUGCGUUGGGAGCGGAAGAAUAAGAGUGAAGGAUUGGUUAAGAACUGGAGAGGUCCGAACGGAUUGCGCAUGUUGCGUUCAGGGGGGGAGGAGGUCGUUGCGAACAACCUGAGGAGUGGAAGGAGAGUUGAGGGAGCGUUUGUGAGACCCACCGGUUCAGCGGGUUCCCUGUCAUCCCUCGACAGAGCGAACUGCAUUACUAGCUUGAGGGCAUUUUCCCUGUAUCGCGCAGGACCGGGCCGCCCAUAAGAUGUGGUUGCACCUUGUGUAUGCGUCAACGAAUUUGAAGGACACCAUCGGUGACUUUCCUUUUUCCUGGGCCGUUGUGAGUUGUAGGCGUGGGCAGGGGGGCGAGCGAGGAAAUGUGCCAUGUGUGUGUGUGUGUGUGUGUGUGUGUGUGUGUGUGUGUGUGUGUGUGUGUGUGUGUGUGUGUGUGUGUUUUGGAACGUGGGCCUGUGCGCGCUUAUGUACAUGCUAUGAUGGGGGGCUGCGUGCACCGGGAGAUAAGAGACGCUGUGUGGGUGUGGGUUGCAUCGCAGGGGCGGAGCCAGGUUGAGCCGAGUUUGGGCGUGUUGUACCGGUCCUCCUUACUACCCCUAAAUGCGAAAUGAACAUGCUGUCCUGAGUAGGCCAGAGCAUGCGAGCGAGCGCUUGGAUAGCACAUGCAGCUGUGUAAUAAGUACACACGGUGUCGGCGGGGCCGUGUUUGAACACAUCUCCCAGAAAGGAGUGCGGCAGCGCUGAGUCCCGCCAGUCCCAAGCAAGACGUCUCCCGACUCCCGGAUCCAUCACCACGCCUGCCGGCAGGAUCGCACCUGGCCACGUGCCUGCCGAAACCUGCGGGAUCCUUGUUUGUGUUAGGGACCAGACCACUCAGGCGGUGACAGGCGACAGACGGCGCGCAAGCAGCCUUGGGCCCUAGGCACUCGAAGGAAAUGGUGCAGGGCCAGGGGAGGGGGGAGGCGGACCAGGGUAGGCAGUACUUCAAACUGCAUAGACGACCGCAUGCCAAACAGUCAAACUGUCUAGGUGGAUGGCAGGCACGGCAGCGUUGGCGCGGCGACAGCACAGGGACGGCGCCUCACACAGGGAUGGCGCCGCACACAGGGAUGGCGCCACACACGGGGAUGGCCAGGGACGGGUAGGCCGGCUGCAGGCCGCUGCAGCUCAGAGACGGGGGGGGUCUGCCGUGCUCAGCUGUACUCCAGUGUACUCGUUCUGCAAGACUGCGACCGCCGUACAGCCAGUCGGGUCAGCCGGACAGCUGUGACACGCGGGGGAGGGACCGGAGGAUGUCAUGCACGUGGCGCACGUUUGCAGCAGUGGAAACCGAAUGACAUGAGCUUCUAUAUCUUAUGAAUC